AUCAACAAGCGUGUGUGCUUGAUACAUUUCUGCAGCCCAUAAUUGCACGAAUAAUAUAUUUGAUCGAUUAAGAAAGAAAGGAACGGACCGAGUUGAUACGCAACAGGCAAGCGCUGGGAGGUUUGGUGCGACGAAUUAAGGGUCUUGCGAGUGCAGCCCGGCCGGAGCUGCGUGCGGCGGCGGCACUAGCGCCGCCCGCCCGCCGUUGCGGAUCCGAGCAGGGCCGCGGCUCGCGAGGCCAGUGGCAGUUGGCAGCGCGCGCGAUUGCCUCUCGCCCGCCGUUUCCGCUCGUCGGCCGCCGCGGCACCUUCACGCGUGCACCGUGGCCUGCAGUUUUGCCAGCGGCCAACGCCGCUAAGUCCUCUUGUCUUUCUCUCUCAUCUCUUCUCUUCUCCUCUUCGCCAUGAACACCGUCCAGAGCGGCGGUGGCCAAGUCGGCGGUGGUGGCGGCGGCGGCAAAAAGUGCAGCUCCCUCUCGGAGUUGGUGGCGUCGACGCCGAACCAGCGCAACUGGCGCGGCAUCCUGAUCGCUUUGUUGGUGAUCAUGGCCGUGCUGGGCCUGAUCGUGUUUUCCAUCGUGUUGCUGUCGCCGCCCGACGAGGGUCCCAGGGUCAAGGGCGACAAGUUACAGCGUGACCACCUCACCAGCCUCGACCUCCACCCGCCCAAGUUCAACGGCUCUUGGCUCAACGAUGCCGAGUUCGUCUUUCGUGAUAUCCACGGCGGCGUGUCCGUCUACAACGCAGACACCCUGAGCACCCGCGUCCUCAUGACCAACAGUACUUUUAGGCAACUGAAUGCAGUUAACUUUAGCGUUUCCAGUGAUCUUAAUUAUGUGCUUCUCGUCUCCGACGUCAAAAAGGUGUACAGAUACUCGACGGAGGCGAGGUACAGCAUCUAUGAAGUCACCACAGAGAACCACUUCCCGCUGAAGAGCGAAGAGGACGGCGAGAAUGAACACCCUCACCUGCAGCAGGUGCAGUGGUCGCCGCGCGGCAAUGCGCUCGCGUUCGUAUACAAGAACGACGUCUUCUUCCGACCGGCGGCCAACAACGCCGACACCGUGCGCGUCUCCAGCAGCGGCCAGCCGGGCGUCGUCUUCAACGGUGUCCCAGACUGGCUCUAUGAAGAGGAGAUUUUGAAAAGCGCCAGGGCGUUCUGGUUCUCCAAGGACGGUGCCAUGCUGUUGUUUGCCACAUUCAACGACACCGCCGUCGGUGAGAUGCAGUUCUCGUGGUACGGCGGACUUGCCGAGAAGCUCCCUUAUCCAAAGAUGAAGAGCCUCAGGUAUCCAAAGGCGGGCACCGCGAACCCUGAGGUGAGCCUUUACGUGGCCGACCUGAGCGCCGUGGGCAGUGCAAGCAGGCAGGCUAAUCAAGUCGUCAACAUCAAACCCACCGCAACAGUCGCCGACCAGGAGCACUAUUUCACGGCGGUGGCGUGGGCCGGCGCGCGCCAGGUUGCGGUCGUCUGGAUGAACCGGCGGCAGAACAUGUCCGUCGUCUCGAUUUGCUCCGCGCCCAGCUGGCAGUGCGAAGACAGCCACGUGGAGCGGCAGGUGGGUCGCGGCUGGGUCGAGUUGUACGAGGCGCCGCUGUUUGCCGAGGACGGCGCCUCGUACGUGGUGCGGCUGCCGGUGCUGGACGGCGACGCCGGCAGGUUCCAGCACGUCAACCAGAUCUCGGUCGCCGCCAAGAGGGUCACCGCCCUCACCCACGGCACCUACGAGGUCACCUCCAUCCUCGCCUGGGACGCUGAAUCGCACUACGUGUACUUCAUGGCUGCGCCUGAGGGCAAGCCAGGCCAGCGGCACCUGUACAGGGUGCUGGACCAGAACGCAAGCAGUACGGCUGAGCGGCGGAAGGAGUGUCUGACGUGUCCGGAGGUGGUCGGCGUGAUCAACAUCACCGACUCGGACUAUGGGCCGUGUCUCUACUCGAACGCUUACUUUUCGCCGACCGCCCGCUUCUAUGUGCACGAGUGCCUCGGCCCUGAGCCGCCCGUCGUGUGGCUCGUCGACGCCGCGUCCAACCUCAGGGUCGCCCUGCUCGACGACCACCCUUCCCUCAGGAACACGCUCGCCACCCUUGCACUUCCGCGGAUUAAGACAUUUGAGGUGGAAAUCGAGGGUGGAUACCAGGCGCAGGUGCGGCUGUUUCUGCCGCCCGGGCUGCGCGAGUACGAGGAGAUGUCAUUUCCCCUGGUCCUGCACGUAGACGCGGCGCCGGGUUCGCAGUUGGUGUCCGAGCGGUGGGGCGUCGAGUGGGGUUCGUACCUGGCCAGCCAGCGCAACUUCAUUGUGGCCGAGAUCGACGCGCGCGGCUCUGGAUUCCAGGGCGACAAACUGCGCCACGAACUUUACCACAAACUCGGCUCAGUCGAAAUCGAGGACCAAAUCGCCGUCAUCAAGUACCUGAGAGACAAUUUGAAAUACAUCGACAAGGAGCACCUGGCGGUUUGGGGCUGGAGCUACGGCGGCUUUGCGACCGCCAUGAUCCUGGCACAGGACGAGGAGGUUUUCCGCUGCGGAAUCUCUGUCGCCCCCAUCACCAGUUGGAUCCACUAUAAUUCUGCGUUUACUGAGCGGUACAUGGGCCUGCCGAACGUGACGGACAACUACAGAGGCUACGAGGAAUCAGACGUGACGAAGAGGGCAGGAAAUCUGCGUGAGAAGUUGUUCCUGCUCAUUCACGGCACUGCCGACAACAACGUCCACUAUCAGCAGAGCAUGAUGCUCAUCCAGGCGCUCACUGCUGAGGGCGUCCUCUUCAGGCACCAGACAUAUCCGGAUGAGGACCACAGCUUCUCAGGUGUCAGAGGUCACAUGUACAAGGCCAUGGAGUCUUUCCUCGACGACUGCUUCGGCCCUCUCGACUUUGAGGAGUGGGAAAUUGGCACUAGUUUCUUCACCUUCAAGCAGUGAAAAAAACGGCGCCAACAACCAGAUCAUGGCAAGCAAGCACACCAAUCUACCAGAGAAGGAUUCAACAACCUUUUUUCUUCUGACUUUUUUCAAGUAUUCCUGCCUGUUUCUCGUUGAUUAUGUCAAGUGCAACAGGCAAAUUCUAAUUUAAAGGAGAUCUCACAAAGAUUGAAUGCUGAGUUUAAAAAAGGACUUGUUGUAUUUGAGAGGAAAUCAUGAAUGUGCUGUAGCUGUUUAAGGUGAAAAUUGUGAUCAUUUUUCUGCAACUGUUAACUUUGUUAAAAUAUAUAAAAUUCAUUGCAUGUUUCAACAGAGUGUAACACUUGUAAAAGUUGUGCUGAACAUAAAUUGUCACACGUUAAUGUUUUCUGUGAUGGCCUGAUAUUGUAAUCGUUAUAUUACAACAAUGGAGAAUUUUUUUUAAAAAGAAUUAAAAAUUGCUGUUUUGUCUCUCUGUUGUUAUUGUUUGAUGUUUAAACAUGUCUAUAUUUUUCCCUAGAACGUUUGUAAAUUAUUAUUUUUAAUGAAUUCUUUUCAGAUCCAAUUUUAAACAAAUUCUUUCGAGGUAAAAUUUUUGAAAAAUCAGGAGAGCCACAAGUGUUUGCCAUUCACACCCAAAAGUUGAUUCACUUUUUUGAGAAUGUUAACUUUUGAAGUUGUGCGUGUUUUACGACGCAUUCGUUUGUUGUACAUUUUGCUCAUACACAUGUUGAAACUAAUCCAUAAUAGGGACCCCUUAUAUGCGUGGAUGUGAUUGUUACUUAACAAAAAGGUUAAAGUACCAUAGGGGUUUAGUUUUCUAGGCAAAUUUUUUACCCCCGCCGGCCCGUUCUUUAUAAAAUUAUAAUGGCGAAUGAGACGAUAGACAAAAAUAAAAAUUGUAGUGAGCGCUUGAUACACACAAACACGUAAAAUUGCGUUUAUUAAAAAACACCAAGCUUUAAAGGAUUUUGGCCUGCGCAUAAAUUGUUAAGGAAAUCUUGAAUUUCAAGUUAUAAUUUUUUUCAUUUUUUCUAGUUAUCCCUCUGGCCUGAUUUUUUAAGCUUCACAAUUCCCCUGACCAAAGUGAUUGUAAAUUAAUGUAAAGACCCUAAAUAGAAUUAUGUUUGUCUGCAGACAAUCUAUGGCCAACACCUGUGUAUGGAUCGAUUGAUAUCUUAAAACGGCAUUCAAAUUUUAAUGUGAGAAAUGUGAUGUUGGUUGUUAUUUGUCUCUGUGGAUUCUCAUCAAGUAAGACUCUUAUCUCUUGUUGUGUAUCUGAAUACAAAUGUCAUUCCAGCUAUUGUAUAUUUAUCCCAUUACGAAGAUUAUUAUUCUCAAUGGAAAAAACUUGGUCAUAGUGCUGUCCUUUUAUUUUGAUUGUGAAUUUUUUGCGUUGUCUCCAUAUCAGGACGAUAUAUAUUUAUUUGACAUUUAAAAGAAGAAGUGCUACUUUUCACUUCCAAUUAACGUUUGAAGCACUAAAUUUGUAAAAAUCUUUUUGUAUGAAAAAACCUAAAGAAAGUGUUGCAUUUAAAACUAAAUGAGUAUCGAGUUGUAAACGACGAGUAUAUACUAACUUUUUAAAACGAAUUCCAGUUUAAAAUUACCGCAGAGGAUUAAAUUAUUAUACACUUAACAUUAUACAUACAUAUUUAUUGCAUGAGAAGAGGUGAUUCACUUGAGGGAUAGAAAAAAGGAAAUCUAUGAUCCCCGAAGCUGUAAGAGGUAAAAUCCUAUGUUAUAAAAGAGAAAGAAAAUUUAUAUAUACGCGUAGGUAAUUUCGUGCACCAUUAUUUUUAAUAAAAUCUAAAAUUGUUGAA